AUGGUGUGCUGCUGUGGUGAUCGGUGUGGCAUUUGUUGUGCCAAAUUCUGGACGCUUUUCUGGGGCCUAUUUGAAAAUCUGUGUUUUGCUGGCUGCGUUUAUGGAUGGCCGUCGUUAGUAUAUGUGCUUUACAAGGACCAAUACUAUGGUCAUUUAUGCAACAACAAUGCAACGCUAGCUGCAAAAAAUGUGACAGCAGAGGAAACUGCGUGUCCCGAACAAGAUAGUCAUUUUAAUCUGGUUUUUACAGUGGCAGCAUUUUGUGUUUCUUUGAGCACCUUGCCUAAUGGGAUUUUAUAUGAUAAAGCUGGGACCAGAGUGUCGAAGAUCUGUAUUAGUAUUUUGUUGCUGGGAGGGUUUAUUUUAUUCAUAUUCAGCAGUCCAGAAUUACCAUUCCUCAUCUACCCUGCUAUGAUAUUAUGGGCUAUCGGUGGUUGCCAGCUCCUUGUGGUUAACUUUCAGAUUGCCAAUCUAUUUGCUUCAAAAAGAUCCACCAUUAUUACAUUUUUAUCAGCAGCCUUUGAUUCAUCUGCCAUCACAAUGCUGGUCAUCAAGUUCGCAUACGAGGGCGGCAUAUCCCUACGGACAAUAUUCAUAGCGCUGGCUGUACUCACUCUGUUUAUCAACAUCAACACCUUUCUUUUGCUGCCCAGCAAGCGUAUUCCAUUUCCACUGCCAAAGGAUUAUUUUUACCGGAACACCACAUCGCCAUCCGGUCAGCAGAUUGAAGAGAUUGGCUUGAGACCACUUAGCAGUGCUAAAGUGCCAAAUGGUAGUACACAUAGGCUUCAUAAUAGAUUUCACAAUGACCCAGAGGAAGAUGGUUAUGGUGGAUCUUAUAGUCCGGAUUCUGGUUUGGGAAUGACAACAAUCAACAACAACCAGAAUGCAUCUAACAGUGCUGACUCUCCCAAGUCAACAACAACAUUGAAGCAAUGUUUGUUGUCUGGUUUGUUCUUUUCUCAUCUGAUUUGGAUGAGCAUUGUACAACAUAGGAACUGGUUUUACCUGGGAACAUUUAACCCCUGGAUAAACACUUUAGUGAGGGGCCAAUCGAUAUCUAGUUCUGAAGCUGACAUUCAAGUUAGUCAUUACACCACGGUGUUUGCCUUUCUUCAGUUUGGUGCAGUAUUCGUUGGACCAUUAAAUGGAUUGAUAAUAGAUAGACAUAAAAAGAAAACACUGACCCGACAAGGCAGUAGAGGCUCCUGGCAAGUUCAAAGAACACGAGGUCCAAACGCUGAUCUACAAGAUACAGUACUAGCUUUUCUGGUGACCAACACAAUUUGUGUUCUGUUUUCGAUUGGAGUAGUUAUACCCAUCUUGCAAGUACAAUACAUUUCAUUUGUAUUACAAGUCAUACUCAAGACAUUUGUAUAUGGUCUUAAUGCUGCUUUUAUUGCCACAGUUUUUCCUGUGGAUUAUCUUGGUACUUUGUUAGGAUUCAGCCUGGCGUUGUCAGCCAUAUUUGGACUUAUCCAGUUUCCACUCUUUAAAAUGUCACAACAUUAUUUUGAUAAUGAUCCAUUCAUUGUUAACGUUGGACUGUUGGUGCUAAACCUUGUAACCUACGCACAUCCGUUUUAUAUAACGUACUUCUGCAAGAGGGAAGACCGUUUACGAGAAACCGAAGAAUACGAGAGAUUGUGUAGACAGAGAGACAGCGAGCAACUGAAGGUGAUGAACAUGAUAUCAACUGUCUGAACAGUCAUACUAUGUACUUGUAUAAAUUUCAAAA